AACAAGAAAAAAAAUAUUCUGAACCAAUGGACUGCAGACAUAGUACAGGAGAUGACCAGAGACUGCGGACAUACUACAGGAGAUGACCAUAGACUUCGGAACACAGUACAGAGGAUGACCAGAGACUGCGGACACAGUACAGGGGAUGACCAGAGACUGCGGACACAGUACAGGGGAUGACCAGAGACUGCGGACACAGUACAGGGGAUGACCAGAGACUGCGGACACAGUACAGGAGAUGACCAGAGACUGCGGACACAGUACAGGAGAUGACCAGAGACUGCGGACACAGUACAGGAGAUGACCAGAGACUUCGGAACACAGUACAGGGGAUGACCAGAGACUGCGGACACAGUACAGGGGAUGACCACAGACAUAGUACAGGAGAUGACCAGAGACUGCGGACACAGUACAGG